UCUCAACUGCUCCAAUAGGCAUUACCGUUGGCUUCUUCCCUAUUUAUUCAACAAAACACAACACUAACAUGAACUAGUACAACUUACAAAUUAAACUAAACAUUGGGGUGACCAAAUCCAUUGGGAACAUAUAAACAAGUUAAUUAAGUGGAGAUGGAAAUUAUGGCAACAAAAUUUGGUUUAUCAUGUGCCAAAUUAUUGUUAUUAGUGUGUUUGGUGUUUGGUUGUGUUGUUAAAGUUUCGGUAGGAAGAACAUAUACAGUUGGAGAUAGUUUUGGUUGGCAAACUCCCAAUGGUGUUGUUACUUUUUCCAACUGGGCUGACCAACAUACCUUUGUUGUUGGGGAUAUUCUAGAGUUCAAUUUCAAUAGUGGAGUACACACGGCAACUAGAGUAAACAAAAAUGCUUUUGAUAGUUGCAAUGCUGCUAAUCCCAUUGAUGAUAAAACAGAUGGUCCAGCAAAAUUCACCCUUGAUGCUACUGGGGAUUAUUAUUUCAUUUGUACCAUCCAUUGCAACCAAGGCCAAAAAUUAGCUAUCAACGUCACUUCUACCGGUCAAUCUCCGUCUGGCAGUCCUUCUCCUGGUUCAUCUCCGGUAACACCUGGUAGCGAGUCGUCGUCUCCUCCGCCUCCACUGGGAUCCGUGUCGACUAGGGUGGUGGCCACUGCUUCAUUUGUUAUCCUAGUGCCCAGUAUUGUUAUAAGUGUUCUUUUGUCUUAGUGUUGAUUGAGUUUUUAGUUUGGUGAUGGAUUUUAAACAUUUUAAUAUUGUUAUAUAUGUUUCACAUUGAUUUUUUUUUAAAGUGCCAUCACUUUGGAACGAUGUUAAUGGCAAUGUUAAUGAAAAUUAUAUGCUUGAAACUCCUCACACUUGAACGACA